AUGCAUCAAUUCAAAGACAAAAUCGCAAAACUUGGAAGCAAGGCUGAUGCUUUUGCCAGCCCGCUGGGUCUUCUGUCCUACCCGGUCUUAAUGACUGCCGACAUCAUGAUGUACAACGCAACGCAUGUGCCUGUGGGAGAAGAUCAGAUUCAACAUGUGGAGGUAGCUCGCGAUAUCAUCGACCACUUCAACCGAAAAUACAACGUUCACUUCAAUCUACCCGAACCCGAAGUGUUUGUGGGACGACGCAUCAUGUCGCUCUCUGAUGGGAAGAAGAAAAUGAGCAAAUCAUCGCAGACCCAAUUUAGCAACAUUUCGAUUAUUGACCCUCCCGAGCGAAUUCAAGAAUGCAUCAAGCGAGCCAAGACAGACUGUUUGCAAGGCUUAUCACUGGAUAAAGACGCGCGGCCCGAGAUUUACAACCUUGUUUCGCUGAUGGCUGCAGCUACCAAUCAAACUCUGGAGGCCGUUUAUGAGCAAUACAAAGACUGCUCGAUGGCACAGUUCAAACCGCAAUUGGCAGAUGCGCUGAUUGCCUGCCUUUCUCCGAUUCGAGACAAGUACAAGGAGCUACAAGAAAACCAAGAUUAUGUAUAUGAUCUGAUGAGGCAAGGAGCGGAACAAACGAAAGAAGAGGCCGAACAUCGAAUGCAGUUGAUCAAAACGAUUAUGGGGUUGAUAGUGUUUACUGUUUCUUGA